UCCAACGGAAGAAUUUGGCGCAGCCAACGUUAACCGUUAACUAACUAACUUAGAAAGUUGUUUUAAAACGUUUUCCAGGUAAAAGAAAGGACGAACGAUAAAAUAUAAAAUAUAUAUAUAUAAUAAAGGGAUCUGGGUCGCCUCUGUUGCUGCUACAUGUGGACUUAAGAUGAAUAUAAAUGAGGGAAAUGCUUGUUACCAACUGAAAUAUAAGGUUAGAGAUACAUGUCCGAACAUACCGAAGGCAGGGAAACUGAUACCUGAGGGAGACAGGGCAAAGGCCUGCUUACAAGAAGAGCCAAGGCCUCCGACCCCGCCUGUGGUGAGGAAAUACCGCAACAGCAUCCAACCAGAACCCGGAGCCAUCAGAGUCCACCAGGGGAAGGCAAACGAUCCAGAUGUGGCCAGCACCCUCGUUCAUGGCAUCAGAACCAAAUCGUCUCUCACUGGUCAAAGCUUGGUCAAUCCUCCCCAAAAGACCUUGUUCCAGAAGAAGUUACAGGACCUCAGUGAAGCAGCGUACGCCUCCAGUCGGAAAGCACCGGUGGGCAGGUCACACGAUCCGCGUGUCACACUUCCCAGCUGGUGUAACGACGAAACGACGUACGGUGUGAAAAUGGUUCGAGGGUUGGAUGUGCGUGAGAUUAUUAACCCUUCAAAAAAAUCAGAGGAGGUGGAGACGGAAGCUCAGGAGGGACAUGAGGCUUACAUUCGUAGCCACAACGCCUAUUUUGUUGGUGAGCAGAUCGACAGGAAGUACAACUCGAGUCACUACGGUAAAGACAACAGGUUUGGGAUCCUCACACCUCAUUUCAACGAUGGCCGUAAUCUUGGCAAAACUCUCCACUGGCUGGGGGAGACACAGAAGUUUUACAAUCCAAAUACAGUUUGGGAGAGAUCUGGGAACAGGGAAAAGAUGGCAUUGCAACUUGGCAAAACAAACAUUAAGAGAGGAAACACCUUGAAUGUUCCUCCAGAUCGCACCUUUGGAAUUCUCUUGACGGCAGAUAAAUUUGGGGUUGGAGAAGUAAUCCACUCCACGGAGCCAGGUCAGUAUGUGAGAGGCCGAGACCGCCAGCGCAGUCUGGUCAACGCAGUGCAACACCACCUCAAGAAGGUCAACUUUCACCACUUCCCCUCCCUGCUGAAGGCGUUCAGACAUUACGACAAAAACGGCAAGGGGAUGAUUGACAAAGAGGACCUGCGGGCAGUGUGCCGACAGUUCCAGCUGGGCGUGAGUGAGCCGGUCCUGGAUGACCUGAUGGACCACUGUGACACAGACAAGGACGGACUAAUCAACUUUGUGGAAUUUGCUAAUUUCCUCAACUGGAAGGACAAGAUGCCCAUCAACAGUCGAGAGCAACGCAUUAUGACAAACGAGCGUCAGACCAGCACAGCUCCAGCCAACACAGAGGGAAAGUCUUCAUCAGACUCAGCGCAGCUUCCUGAAUCUCCGGCGUUGAUUGAGCCCGAGGACCUGGAGCCUGUUGAGCCAGGAAGCUCUAAGAAGACAGUCAGGACCCUGAGGCGACUCAGGGCGGAUCCAGACCACUUCGUGACCUCCUCCUCCCUCAUUGGGGCUGUCAGCGAUGGUCCGCUCACAUCAAACAGCCGCGCCUACGGAGUCCCGUCUGUGCGCUCCGACCUCCCGCCUCCGCGCAUAAAGAGAGUCAGUGACACUAACAACUACGGCGAUAUGUCCACCGCUCGAGAUCUUCUGCAUCCAUCAGUUCAUGCUGUUCAGGGUGUUCACGAGGAACACUUCUUCUGUCCGCGCACCAAGAAGGAGAUUGCAGAGAUCUUCAGGAAUGUGGGUGUGAAUAUUUCUGAAGAGAUGUUCGAGGAGGCCUGGAAGCUGGCGUCCACGAAGCACCCGGCCGGCGAGGUUUGCGUCGAGGCUUUCCGUAACGUACUCAAGGAAAUAAAAGCAAUGUAACUCAAGAUGUUUUUAAAUGUGUCCUCGUCAGUCAAUAUUUCUCUCUCAGCUGGGAAGACACUUUUGACAUAAUGGAGAACGGAUUUCUGUGUCUGACAACAAGUCAUACGGGAGUAAACAGUAAUCUGAAUGGGGAUUGUGCUGUUACCUUUCAUCCUUUUGCAUUUGCAAGUGGGACACCCUUUUUAUACGUGUACAGUCGGGAAUAUAACACAUGUGGUCAUUACAUUGCUGGUAGGUGUCCGCAUGUCCAUUAUUCUAUCGCUAUUAUUCUGUUCAAAUGACACAACCUCUUACUUUAUCAUGAUCGUGGUUAUGAAUCCGUCUGAACAAUAAAUACAGAGAGGGAACGCUCCAUAAAUGAACCCGUUUGGCUAAUAUCAGACUCAUCAUAUAAGCCUUUAUCUGAGCAUCCUUUUUUUUGGACUCUUUUCGGAGUGUGUUCCCGUCUUUUCGUGAAUUUCCUGGAAGCCAGUAAGCAGUUCCCGGCAGAGCACACAACCAAAAGAGGGUAACGUGAAGAGACACACUCCACCGGCUGCACAGUUCUCGAUGUGUGGACGAACUGCUCCUUCAAGCUGUAUCUCAACGGGAACAGCAACAAACAACAUGUUCCAAGCAGCCAUUAAUGCACUGAAGCACAUUUUACACCUGUUCUGAGGGUUA